CUAACAGAAUCUCGCGGGAAGGAGAAAUGGGGACCGCACGGCAUAUGGUGUUUUUGAACACAGCCUCCGCGGCUCUCUCCCGCCCCUAAACUGCGGCUGGAAAGAGAAACGGAGAAAGGCAGAAAGAAAGAAGGAAAACGCAAGAAAGUGAGAGAGAAAGACAGAGAAAGUUCCCUAACCCCCCACCAGUUUGCGGCGGACUUUCAUUGCCGAUAUCUGAAAGUCCGGCGGAGCACUCCACAUUCUACCUCAUCUUCGUCUUUCAUUCCUGAGGGAUUUUUUUUUUUUUUUUUCCUUUUUCUCUUUUCUUUUAUAUGCCUCUCUAGAGUCUCCGUCUGUUGCUCUCCUGCUCCAACAUCAAGGUUGCCAGAAAUGGGAAACAUUAGAGUUCCUUUUAAAGGGAUCAUUAACGAUUAUAAAGGAAGAGCACCAUGCUAUAAACAAGAUUGGACUGGUGCGCAUGGCUCCGGUGUUAGGAUAUUGGCUCCAACUUUCUAUAUAUUCUUUGCUUCUGCCCUUCCCGUCAUUGCCUUUGGGGAGCAAUUGAGUAGGGAAACAGAUGGGCACUUGAGCUCAGUUCAAACUCUAGCUUCUACUGCUAUAUGUGGAAUCAUCCACUCAAUUUUCGGUGGGCAGCCUUUGUUGAUUUUAGGAGUUGCAGAGCCCACAGUUAUAAUGUACACUUACUUGUACAAUUUCGCCAAAGGAAAGUCAGACUUGGGGAAGGAUCUAUAUCUAGCUUGGGCUGGGUGGGUUUGCGUCUGGACAGCUUUAAUGCUAUUUCUUCUUGCAAUAUUCAAUGCUUGCACCAUCAUCUCUAGGUUUACAAGGGUUGCAGGGGAACUCUUUGGCAUGUUGAUUGCAGUUCUUUUUGUUCAAGAGGCUAUUAAGGGAGUAGUGAGCGAAUUUAAUAUUCCCAAAGAUGAAGAUCCUAAAUCAGUUAAGUAUGAAUUCCAGUGGCUUUAUACAAAUGGACUGCUUGGGAUCAUUUUCUCUUUUGGUGUACUUUUUACUUCCCUAAAGAGCAGAAGAGCAAGGUCAUGGCGAUAUAGCACUGGAUGGGUCCGAGAGUUCAUUGCAGAUUAUGGGGUUCCUCUUAUGGUCCUGUUGUGGACAGCAUUAUCUUACAGUAUACCUAAGAAAGUUCCUUCUGGAGUUCCCAGGAGGCUCUUUUGUCGUGCUCCCUGGGAUUCUGAUUCAAAUUACCAAUGGGCUGUAGUACAGGAUAUGGGAAAGGUCCCAUUGGGGUACAUCUUUGCUGCCUUGAUACCAGCUGUGAUGAUAGCGGGCUUAUACUUUUUCGACCACAGUGUAGCUUCACAGAUGGCACAGCAGAAGGAGUUCAAUCUCAAAAACCCUUCUGCUUACCAUUAUGACCUGUUCUUGCUCGGAGUUAUGACUCUGCUUUGUGGGUUGCUUGGAUUUCCUCCUUCAAAUGGAGUCCUCCCACAAUCCCCCAUGCACACUAAGAGUCUUGCAGUCCUCAAGAAGCUGUUGAUUCGAAAAAAGAUGGUUAAAAGCGCCAAGGAAUGUAUAAAAGAGCAAGCAAGCAACUCAGAAAUGUAUGGAAGGAUGCAAGCUGUGUUCAUAGAAAUGGACACAGCUCCUAAUGAUGUUUCAGUAGACAAAGAGUUGAAGGACUUGAAGGAGGCUGUAAUGAAUAGCGAAGAUGGAGGAGACACAAAAGGCAAAUUCGAUCCUGAGAAGCACAUCGAUCCUUACUUGCCUGUUCGAGUUAAUGAGCAAAGAGUGACCAACCUGUUGCAGUCCCUCCUUGUAGGCAUAUCUGUAUGUGCUAUCCCUGUCAUCAAGGCUAUACCUACCUCAGUUCUUUGGGGAUACUUUGCCUACAUGGCCGUUGAUAGCCUCCCUGGGAAUCAGUUCUGGGAAAGGAUCUUGCUGCUCUUUAUCACCCCUGGCCGCCGUUACAAAGUCCUGGAAGGGGUUCAUGCUUCAUUUGUGGAAACAGUACCAUUCAAGUACAUUGCGACAUUCACGCUCUUCCAACUCGUAUAUCUUAUGAUUUGCUUUGGAAUAACAUGGAUACCUAUAGCUGGAAUACUGUUCCCAGUGCCAUUCUUUCUUCUCAUAAGCAUAAGACAGUACAUUCUGCCCAAGCUGUUCCAAACUCAGCAUCUUCGAGAACUGGAUGCCGCUGAGUACGAGGAAAUUGCUGGAGCCCCACAGCGCAGCCGCAGCAUCUCAAUCAGGGAGAGAGAAGAAGCUGUUCCUGGAAGUCAAGGGACUGACGAAGAUUUUUUUGAUGCGGAGAUAUUGGAUGAAAUGACUACCAAUAGAGGGGAGUUGAAGCUUAGAACUGUAAGCUUCAAUGAAGAUAGAUUCUUUCAGGUGCACCCAGAAGACACCAGUCGGACGCAGUGAGAGCUGAUGAUGACGAAGAUGGUAAUACUGAUCACAGAAAAGUGGCAAAGAAUGUUAUUUUCCUCGUAUAGAGUCCACUGAUUACACCUAAAAAAGCAAAAACAAAAGAGAAUAGUGGAAAAACAUAGAAGGAUAAUGAGUGGAGGAAUGAAGUAUUUGAAUGUAAUUUAUAUGGAGUAGAGGAAACCAGAGAAUGCGGGGUGCAAGGUUUGGUGGGGGAACGGGGGAGAAGGCAUUCAUAUA